CGUCCCUCCCGGUGCAUACGGUCUGUAUUUGAUCCGGGCCGCCUGGGUUGGCUACCGGUGUUGAUUUGGCGCGGCAACCGCGGGGGGAGGAAGGGGUUUCUGAUUAAUUUCGAUCGCCCGCCGCGCCGCCGAUUCCCCCGGUCCCUAGGUCGAAUUUUCUCAUUUCUAGCGACGCUUCCCCACGGCUGAUGUUUGUUGAUUCGAUAGAUCUUUGCUGGGAACCGUGAUUUCGAGCGGUUCAUUGUGAAGUUGAGGUGAGUAUAGGUAUCAAAGAGAGCAUGAGCACUGUCAGUGGUACAAGGCGUGCACCAAGGAGACAGUCGCAAGAUGGGUCAGCUGAUAAAGUAUUGGUGAUAAUCGAGGCAAGCUCCCGGGUGGCGGGGAGCCGUCGUGGACCACCGACCCCUGUUCCUGGCGCACGAAACUCACCCAUUGAUGUGGAGGCCAUCGACGAUGAAGUUCAGGCAGUAUCGCCCUCACGAGUGCCCCCGCCAAGGAGGAACAGGAGGACCAGGAGGGAACCUAUAACAGUGGUUGACUUGGAGGUUGAAUCUAGCAGGGAAGGGAACAAACGCCAGAGGGUUGUACCAGUAGGACAUCACCUCUCUUCAGAUUCGGGAGCAGGGUCCAGCUUGCAGUCAAAUGCCGUACAAACCGGCAAAGAGCCUGCCAAGGAGGUCCCCAAGGAAACAUUUUUCACCUGCCCAAUAUGUUGGAAUAAGAUGGAGGAGCCUUCCACAACGACUUGUGGCCAUGUCUUCUGCGACACAUGCAUCAAGCAGGCCAUCAAGAUUCAGAAGAAAUGCCCUACUUGCAGGAAGGGGCUGAAAAUGAAUAGUGCUCAUCGCAUUUACCUUCCGAAAGCUUCUAGUUAAGGUUGAUUGGCCUUAUCAAAGAAACUUCUGGUAACAUAAGGCUGUGCAAUAUACAGUUAGGAUCAGAAGUUCUUAGGGUGAACAGUGGAUAGAUGUUUCAUCCUAGUCUGUAUCAUUUAACUGCAUCACCAGGAGCUCAUCAUGAAAACUUCCCGACUAGGGAAGUGGAUAUCAGCCUCAGUUUUACUCCCCUCUUAGUGCAUCCAUGGUUCCAGAAUGUUAUUGUGUUGUUGUAUGUAUUAGGUUUUUGCCCUAGUGGAUUAGUGUAACUGGGAUUUGCUUCAUUCUAAAAUGAUAAUAGCGAGUUGAAAUAUUUAGCAUUUUGGAUGAUUUUGCUUGGUA